GCAGGAUGCUCGGCUCCACAUCCAGCGGAGGCUCUCUGCUCUGUCACAGCCGGCCCCCCUCGCCCCUGUCCAAGCCUUAGUAUGCGCUCAGACUCCGCGGUGAGCUUACUGCAGCCCCGGAUCCAAGGGCGGACUCCGCGGACCACCCCGUGGCCUCUCAGUGACGGGUCUUAGCUGCCGCUGCUGCUCCUCUCGCCUAUCUGCGCCCACUUUCUUCCCCCAGUCCAUCCCCUGAAACUGUCUCCACAAUGAGUUCCUCUCCGCUGGUGUCUCGAGCCAACAUGGACAUCCUGGACGAGCUGCAGCUGAUCGCAGCCCAGAACCUGGAGAGACUGGAGGUCAACAAGUACUACGAGGUGAUCCGAGAGCUGGGCAAGGGCACGUACGGCAAGGUGGACCUGGUCAUCCACAAGAUCCGAGGUACAAAAAUGGCGCUGAAGUUCCUGAAGAAGAAGACGACCAAGCUGAAGUCGUUCCUGCGGGAGUACAGCAUCUCGCUCUACCUGUCGCCCUGCCCGUUCAUCAUCAACAUGUUCGGCAUCGCCUUCGAGACCGACGAGUACUACGUGUUCGCACAGGAGUACGCUCUGGCAGGAGACCUCUUCGACAUCAUUCCUCCACAGGUGGGUCUUCCUGAGGCGGUGGCGAAGCGCUGUGUUCACCAGGUCGCCAUCGCUCUGGAUUACCUUCACUGUAAGAAGCUCGUCCACAGAGACAUCAAGCCUGAAAACAUCCUCAUCUUCGACCGCGAGUGUCGCAAGGUCAAACUGUCGGACUUUGGCAUGACCCGGCGAGCCGGAUCGCCUGUCAAGAGAGUGAGCGGCACCAUCCCCUACACGGCCCCGGAGCUCUGUGACGUUUCUCGCCACGAAGGAUUCUGCGUGGACUACAGCACGGAUGUCUGGGCCUUUGGCGUGCUGCUCUUCUGCAUGCUGACCGGAAACUUCCCCUGGGAAAAGGCUCUGCCGUCUGACUCGUUCUACCAGGAGUUCAUCCGCUGGCAGAGGAGGCGGACCAACACGGUGCCGUCACAGUGGAGGCGCUUCACCGAGCAGGCGCUACGCAUGUUCCGUCGGCUGCUGUCGGUGGAGCAGGACCGCCGCUGCUCCGUCAAAGAGGUGUUCGGAUACUUCAGCCACUCCUGGAUGCUGGAUGCCGAGAACAACAACAACCACGGCAACAGCAACAACCACGGCAACAGCAACACCAACACUAACAGCAACAGCGGCGGCGUAGGGGAAAGGGUCGGCGGGGGAGGCGGCGGAGGACGGGGGGAGGUGAAUGGUACUAUCUCAUCGUCGUCGUCUGGUGAGGAGGACGAGGAGCUCCUGGUGGAGAGGAUGAAGCAGCAGACUUUAUCUCCUCUCUCGCCACUCUCGCCGCUCUCCCCCAUGUCUCCGGUGGGGGUGGAGCGUGGUAGCGGAGGUGGGGCUAAAGGCGGGAUGAUGGAGCCCAGCAACGGGCACCAUUUUGUGUCCGUUUCCACCAACAGCUCCGUAUCGUCCACCAACAGCUACGACCGAAUGCCGAGAGAGAACGGUUCGCCGGGCGGCCGCAUGCUGGUGGCCACACCCAUCGAAAUCUGCGUGUGAACAUUCAGUCGCCACAAACUCACCUGUACACACUUUUAUACCUCUAAAACCACAGAGAUGUGCAUGCACGAGCAGAAGGAGAAGACUGGACAGGAAGAGCACACGUAGGACCAGAAGAGACGCCCCCAUUAGAGAUCCUCUCGCACCCUGAAGGAGACCAAAACCUUUUUCUUAAAGCAAUACUUCAGCAAAAAAGAAACGGACGUCAGCGACGUUAGCAUGUUAGCGGUGUGGUCUCUUUAGGAUAGCGCUCUGACAGAGGGACGAUGAAGAAGAUUUGUAUUUUUGCCUAAAAGACUAAAAACCAGUGAGAGGAAGGACACUGUAAGAUAAAGACGUACGAGCGGUGGUUUUCAAUGUUCCAUGUGUAACUCAAGUGUGAGCGUGUUUGUAUGAAUCCACCAGAAGAGGCGUGGAUUCAUUUGAUUUUGAAUUUUCUUAUUUAUUUAAAUCUAAAAAGACUCCACUCUAUUUUUUCUAUUGUUUUUUUGUAAAGCGGUUUUCUUUGUUUUCGGUUCCACUUCUCAUCGUCUUCGGUCAGACGUUCGGUCGGCUUCUCUGCGUGUUAAUGAGGAUCAUGAAGGAAGAUUCAGGCUGAAUAUACGAUGUUGAAAAAGUCAGCAUGGACUGAGAGAAAGCUCGCCAUGGCUGUGUCUGAAACCACAAACUUACACCCUAAACGUGGAGCGAACCAGUCGUAUGUCACAUGGUUCUCCAGUAAGGGCUGGAAUGGGUCAAGAAUAUCCAUUUAGGGGCCAACACAUGCAUGAAAUCCUGCACAAAAUAAGUUAAUGUAUUUGGUUCAAUUACCUUUAUUUACUAUUUUAAUGAGUCAUAGUAAUUAAAAGCUGAAAUUAUAAAUAUUUUAAGAACUGCAUGUGCAUAUGGUGGUCAAAAUAGUAUAAAUAAAGUUAACUUAAGCAUUGUCACAUUAUUUUACUCUUAUAUCCUGACAAAUUCAGUUUUUUUCUUAUUAUAACAGGGGUCUAUACCAGGGCUAUUCAAUUACAAAUUCAAACUCUAAAUUUUAACUCCUUAAAGCCUGUUUUAUCAUAUUUGAUAUGUACUUUUAUGAUACCUCUAUCUAAUCAAUUUGAUCAGUAAACUACUAUAAAGAAAUUCUGAAUACAAACUGAUAAAUGAUAAAAAUGCCCUCAAGUGGAUUAUCAGUUAUCAAAAACACCUAAU